GUUGAUUAAUCUGCUCCCGCACUCGAGCGUCGAGGAUUCUCAACUCGACUGCUGCUGCUGCUGCUGGCUGUGGCUGGGUCCGGGGAAAUGUGAAGGUCAAUCUAUCAAUCUAUCUUUCUAUCUAUCCAUCAGUGUGUGAUUUAUCUCCUCAUCGGUGAUUCUCCUGCAGGAUUCGUUAAGCUCGGGGUGGGGGCACGAGAGAGAGAGAGAGUAGUGGGUAGUGGAGACGAGGCGCUUUUGAGCUCGACGGCCUUCGCCCUUCUGUUAUCUACCACUUCGUACUUUUGUUGUCUGUUGUCCUUGCACCCUGAGAGCCUGAGCUGUCCUUGAGCUCAAGAAUCCGUCUUGUUCGUUCUCCCGGGGCCCCCGCACCGGAGGUCCAUGCCAAAGUCGCUUUUGGCGUUCAGACCGGACACAUGCGUCCGCGCUGAGAGCGCAGCAGCGUCGUCGUGGCUGAGAUAGAGAGAGCGAUCUUUCACCUUUCGGAGCCGAAUUUUCCCUGCCUUCUGCUUUCCUGGAGCCGCUGAUUAUUCGUCCGGGCCGGGCUGGCGAUAGUUUUAGCUCAGCUCCUCGUCCAGCUUUCCUAUCCGCGGAGCGAGCUGCUGAUUGCCUCGGCCUCGGACGCGCUCGCGCUCGGUGUGAGGUGGCUACGAAAAGAGACAGUCCUGCCCGAAGCUUUCACUGCGCCUGAUCUGUAUGCCACCGGUAUUACUUCUUUUGUUCUCGAUGUCAGAAUCUGCCUCAUCCGCAUUUAAGUUUGAUUGACUAGCCCGAAAGCCCAGCCCUCGGAACUCCUCUCGCUGCUCUCGCUGCUCUCCCUGCCGCUCCCUCCUGCCUUUACUCGGUCGCGCAGGCCGAUUGCCUCCAGUCCAGUCGAGCCCAGUCCGUCUCCUGAUUUCGCUCGCCCAGGCCCUGCAGCGCACACAUGCACUGAUGCGCGAGUGCUCAUCAAAGCCAGGCCAAAUCUGUGCAAGAAGAGGACUCGACGAGCAUCGUUUACACCAAGAUGGUCGAGCUGCUCGUCGCAUCAGCCGAUCGAAUCAGUCGAGCUUCCACUGACGACACGCGUCCGAUCACGUCUCGAUGAGCUGUGGACCCGAACGAUGUUCGCGUCGGCUCUCUGCUGCUUCUGAUACAUUAGUGCUCCUCCCUUUCUGGUGAGUCCUUCGGGCGGAGGCCAGUCGAUUCCGGCGCAUCCAGGGCAAGUGAACGAGCAAGUGAACGAGCGAGCGAGCGACGGGCGGGCGGACGAGAGGGCAAGCAAGCCAGCACUCAUGCCUUCUCCGUGUGUAGGCUGUCAACGAACUCUAAAGUGCAAGUCUCUCGAUAGGUACAAUAGCUCCGGUACCUGCGAUAGAGAACUGAGUUGCCAACGACAGGGCCACAAUUUGCCGGUUGUGGUUUGCGUGGACUGCUUCGAGCAAGAAGCCACAGGCCGAUACAUUGCCGAGGGAGCCCUCGCGGAGGCGAAACAGGAGAUUGUCGACAAGGACCAGGAGAUCGUCUCCCUGCGUGAACAGAUGGAACAAAUGCAAGUCGAGCUCGGAUUCCUGCGCACUUGGGAGAACCCUCUGCAAGAUCCGCACGCCGAGAUUGUGUUCUACAGCGCCGAGGGCGAGACCCUCCACGCCCAUCGCGCUAUCCUGAUGAGCAAGUCUCCCGUGUUCAAGUCGAUGCUUUUGGCCGACCUCAAGGACGGGAGGUCGGGAGUUCUGCAUUUGGACGACAUGCCGGCCGGCGCACUGCGCGCAUUUCUCAACUUCCUCUACUUCGCCACGGCGAGCGAUGCGGACCUAAAGCUUCACGGAGGCCAUCUGCUGGCCGCAGCUCACAAGUUCGACAUCCCGCCGCUCAAGACUUUGGCGGAGAAGUACAUCGUGGAGAAUCUGAUCACGCAGGAGAACGCCGUCUCGUUUCUCGAGCUCGGGAGCCUGUGCAAUUCCAAGCCCAUCAAGGACGCGACGACGAAGCUCAUAGCGAUCAACUACGAAGCGUUUCUGUCGAGAAGCGACUACAACAUGCUGGUCCAGAGGGAUCCCGGCGUGGUAAUCGAGUUCUACGAGGAGCUUGUACAGAGGCUACGGAAAACGCUGAAACUUCACGGGCUCAUCGAAGAUUGAGGGAAGCAAGAUUCGCUCGUCGAAGACUCGACGACUGACUUAUGCCAGACAGUGGAUACCAUUUUUAUGCUCGUUUUUCUUUUUAAUUUCUCCUUUCUCUCCUCUCUCUGUGUCUCUCUCGCUGGGUGGGAGCUCCUCUCUCUGCAACUCUCGACCGACCGACCGACACGAGAGGCGCAGCGUUGCUCAGUGGGAGCGGAGAACAUCCAGAACUCGGAGGACUUGUACCAUACGCGUAACCCACAUGCCCUGUAGGGAAUUUCCUACUCAAUGUUGCCCAGACGGAGUCACUCGAAUCUCGCCAUCGUCUCAUCAUCAUCAACAUCAUCCUCGUCAUCGCAGAAGACGAGGUUUCAUCGGUGGAAUGGCAGGGCACACCAUCUUCCACGAGCUGAAGGCGCCCGCUAGAGUGACGUGCCAUGAGAUCAAUCAGUUACGGGUAGCAAUUUUGAUACCAGAUCCUUAUGAAGCCUCUCCUAUGGUUCUAUGACACUAGAACAGACAGACAGACAGAGACUGGACAAGCUUGUUGAUGUCGAAGCGCAGUAAGCUGUAGAUUGUUGUGUAUAAUUUAUUGUGUUUCCACAAAGUUCCGAGUACGUCCUUGUAAUUUAGCAUCAGCUCCAUCGUUUAUCCGUGAAGCAGGCUCUCUCGGGACAGGGAGGUGUAGGACUGGAGUGGUCUUGUUUUUGGGUAAUGAACCUAUUAUUUCUGGCUCCCUGGU